AUGAGGACAGGGGCUGAGUACAAAGAGGCUCUGCGCGAUGGGCGCGACGUUUGGGUUCUGGGCGAAGGCCCGGUGGCGGACGUCACGACCCACCCGGCGACAUCCGCCAUGGUGGAUGAGUACGUGGCCUGGUACGACCGCCACUUUGAUCCCGACUGGCAGGACGUCCUGCUGACCCCGCCGGACCCAAACGGCCAACGGCAUCCCCUGGCGCUCACCCCGCCGAAGACGUCCGACGAUCUGCGGCGCAUGGGGAAGCAAAUCAGCGCCGUGCAUUUCCUCACCGGCGGCAACAUGACCCACACUCCAGGCUAUGGCGAACUGAUUGCCCUGGGGUUGCAGAACGUGAUGAAGCGGCUGGACAACUCCGCUGAGGAUAUUGAUAAGGCUGAGGAAUAUCUGGAGCAUAUAUCCACCAGCGGCCGGUUCCUGACCUACGCUGGCGGCGGCCCGCUGAUCGGGACCCGGCUUCGUCCGGAUGAGAGCGAGCGGGCGGCGCUUCGCUGGUCAGCGAAACCGCCGACGGCAUCGUGGUGA